AUGAAACAGGAUAAACAUCCAUUAGUGCUGGACAUGUUCGAGCAGAUAACAAAUGCUUCCAAAGGGAAUCAAAUUCUAAUGUUUCUCGACUACAAUGGCACACUUUCCCAGAUCGAGCUUUCAUGGAUAAAAAGCCGUGGCACGGACAUAAAAGGACCAUCAAAAGGUUCCAAAAAUGAGAAAGAUACCCAUGUUGUGCUCUUUCAACCAGCCGGUGAAUUCCUUCCCACGAUCGAUGAGGUGUACCAAGCUUUGUUAGAGACAACCAAAUCUACUCUUGGUGCUAAAGAUGGAGAAUGACAAGUUUUGUGUAUCCGUUCAUUUACGUUGUGUUGAUGAGUUGUUCACUACGUACCCAUGUUACUUGAUGGAGCCAAGUUUAUUACAACGAGAAGCAGAGAUAAACCUUCCACUUUCAAGCUUUGUCGUGAUCAGUGAAUUCAUGAACUUUGAGCAAAUUUUUUGCUUAUAAAAUU